AUGAUUCUGAACUAACAGCAACAUCAUUUGUAGAUCAAAAAGAUUAUUCAGAAUUCUAUAUUGUAGUCUCGCGAGACAGACCAUCUACCAUCAGACCAUACACUAUCCUCAAAUCAAAUUUAACCAAAAUCUGCCAACAAGAAUCUAACUAUCUAUCAAGUCCCAUGAGUGAUAUAUGUCGUCUUCUGAACAUAAAUCAAUGCGUAAGAGAUAUCAAACUGAUUCAGCAUGUCGGAUAUCACAAUUUGGAAAUAUUGUGUUUUAAAUUGAUUUAUAGCAUCAGAUUGAUGUUGAUCCUUUGAUAUCUAAGCCUAUAGACUUCGAGUCUAAAUUCUGUCUGUCCCACA